AAAAAAUGCGUUAACGCGCUAUAAAAUAAUUGUCGGCGUUAAUUAAUGCGUUACUGCGAUAACGCGUCAACUUGCCCACCACUAAUUAUAUCUAUCUAUCUAUCUAAAUCUUAUAAUGAAAACGUGAGUAAUUGUUGCAGAUGUUCAUAAAAUUGCAUUUAAUAUAUUUUAACAAAUAAAAAAAGUUGUACCUACACACUAGAGACUUUUGUAUAGGCUUAAAAAAUAGAAAAACAAAAUUAAAAAAAUAUUUUGAAAUUUGUAAUGUAAAUAUAACAGAUUCCUUAAAAUGGGGGCUAAAAGAUAUUAACAGAAGUUUCUGCCCAUCACUGAAAUAUUUUUCCUCUUCUUUUCAAAGGAGCAUAUGAACCCAUGGUUGGCAUUCUGCCAUCAGUUUCCGUCUUUGAACAUUAUACUCUGUCAGUUUAAUAUUAAAGAGCGAGAUCAGUUAAUGUCCAGUGUUUGUAACUGUAAUAAAACCAGUACAGCACCGAUAAAAUGGCUGCACAAUUUGCAUAUUUAAGUAAUAUCCAUCGGCACUUACAGGAUGUCAAUGGACUCACUGCUCACCAUAUUCACAGUGUGUUUUGUGCUUUUAUGGAGGACUGUUAAUAAUGAAAGAGAAGCAGUAACAGAUUUAUUUCUAUAAUAACAUAUUUGUAACUUCAUGUAGGACGUGAGCUCAGGACCAGUCACUGCUUGUUUUAAAACUUUUUGAGAAUAGACCCACAGAUCUGAGGUCAGUUAACAUCACCAUCACGUAUGGGCUGCUGGAGACCUAUUGCAGAGAUAUGACCUCAUGUUAACGUUUUACAAAAAUCUGUCCAAAUGAAUGAUUCCUGAGUGUAUUUAGCAGAAUGAAUGAGAUACUCGCGUGAAGAGUUUUGUCUUAUAUAAUGCUUAAUAGUGGAACAUUAGUUGAUUGAUUCCUUUCUUUUCUUAGGCUAUGAAGAUAUAUUUUCUCCAUCUGUGUGUUCAUGUUAAUGAAAACGACAGAUCAAUAGGGCUAGGUAUCGGUACUACCAAAAUAAGCCCAGUACUAGGUAGCAUCAAAGCUUCUCCAGACAAUCGCUUAUCAUCGAUCCUUUUUGAAGCCCAGAUGUGGCAGCGAUCAGCAAGCCUCUGUCUGUCUGUCUCUCUCACACACACACACACACACACACACACACAGAGCUUCCAUUCACAUAAUGGGUACUAUCCAGUGAAGUACUCUGUAUCACUUUAAGGUUGCUGCUACUGGCAUCAUCAUUUUUGAAACAAUACCCAGCCCCAAUAUCAAUGUCGGCACACAAAAUCACACUAAAUACAUCAACGAAUUAAAGGGAAGAAAAUAACAUUGAGUGUGCACGCACACAAAAACUUGGAAUAGUCGAUUAUUCCAUUAUUGUAUCCGUCGCUGGUAUACAUUUUGAGUUCCAGCCACUAUGAAACCAACAUCUCUCAUCACCACAAAAUAUCACACAUGAACGUUUGUUCAACAACACACUCCCUGAAGCUUGUAAAAUGAUCAAGUGACUGGUGUGUCGUGGCCAGGUCAAAGUCUUUGGUGCGACGACACCAUUUACUGCCAUUAACCUCCGGUGUCACGGUUUGAACACAGUCGACACCGACCACGUGUUCACAGCCCGCUGGCCGAUCUCUCCGGAUCCUACACACACACACCUCUGCACCAGAGCUUGUGGUGUUCACCUCUACGGGCCGGACCAGCAGCGCUUUUCUCCAGGUCUCUACAGACCUCCAUACGGAGUUUAGCAGCUGCACAACUGGCAACAUAUUUGCUAACGAGGUCACGGCAGGAAAAUGAGUGAGGAGAUUGGUUGAGUUUUGGCAGGAUGUUUUGUUCGGUUGUUUUGAUGGGAGCGGGAAGCACUAUGAGUGUUGGAGAGCAGCAGGGCAGCGCUGUUGACAGAAACACCUGAUUAGCCCCCCCCCCCCCCCCCGCCACCUGGGCAGGAAGACUUUUUCACUGUGAAUGCAACACUCUCCACACAGAGGACAAGAAAACAGCAGAGCGUGCCAGCGGCAACAGAGCAACAGUGUCCUCUUUCAGCUUUCUCACGCUGAAUGCCGAAUGAUUCACCUCCGCCUCAGAGGCCUUGCAGUCGGACCGCGUGCUCGCUGAUGGGAAGAAGGAAAAACAAAGCGUCAGGCGGCCUCUUCACCGACGGAACCACCAACAAACUCGUGGGCUGCUAUGUGGAGGACAGUCCAGAGGACGUGGUCCUGGUCCGGGUAUACGGGCACAAGACCGAGCUGAUUGUGGACCGAGACAACGAGCUCAAGAGCUUUCAGGUGCUACAUGCUAACGGUUGUGCCCCUCGCCUCUACUGCACCUUUCAGAACGGCAUCUGCUACGAGUUCAUGCAGGGGGACGCUCUCGGGACGCAGGACGUCAGGGAUCCUUCCUUGCUCAGACUGAUAUCCGGGGAGAUGGCUCGUAUCCACGCCAUCCACGCACACAACGGCUGCAUCGCCAAACCCAACCUCUGGAUCAAGAUGCGGAAAUACUUCUCCCUCGUGGCCACCGAGUUCACCGACCAGGCGUCCAACGUUAGGAUCCAGCAGGAGGUUCCCAGCAAGGCGGUGCUGGAGCAGGAGAUGGUGUGGAUGAAGGAGCACCUCUCCACUCUGGGCUCCCCCGUGGUGCUCUGCCACAACGACCUGCUCUGCAAGAACAUCAUCCACAACGAAAAAGAGGGUCACGUUCGCUUCAUCGACUACGAGUACUCCAGCUACAACUACCAGGCCUUCGACAUCGGCAACCACUUCAAUGAAUUUGCAGGAAUGGCGGAGUUGGACUACGGGCUGUACCCCAGUUGGGAGAUGCAGAUGGAGUGGCUCAGAGUCUACCUGCAGGCCUACAAACAGUUCACCAAGAAAACAGGGGACGUCAGCCCGCGAGAGCUAGAGACGCUCUAUGUGCAGGUCAACAAGUUCGCUCUGGCUUCUCAUUUCUUCUGGGGCUUCUGGGCGCUCAUCCAGGCCAAAUACUCCUCCAUUGACUUUGACUUCCUAGGGUACGCCGUGCUGCGUUUCAACCGCUACUUUGAGACCAAACCAGCGGCCAUGGCCCUGCAGAUCCCAGAAUGAGAGGAGGCGGACAGGAGACAGGAGGGAGGGUGUAGCAGGUUGUAUUUUUUUUAACGCUGGGAACUCUUCUCCACGUGGGCGGGCUGCUGACGGACUGCUGCCCGGCCUACCCCGGCAUCCUGUUCUUUUUUUGUUUUCUGCCACGAGCAGCGGCCGCUCCUUCAUCGCUCCAACUCAGCUCCUCGUCUGUCCCAGGCUCUAGCUCGAGACCGAUAAAACUUCCAUGGGUUCCGUGUGUGAAAGUGUGCCCCUGCGUGCGUUUGUGUGUCUUAAUGUACUCCGAUGAUUCUCCGGCGUCUUGCAUUCCCUCUUCGGUGCAGCUGAACAAGGCGUUAUUGACCCAAUACUCUGGCGCCCCAAAAUGUUCCACAACGUCGGUAAUGAAGGUGAAAAGGGGGACGAGACGUCUAAAGAGGAGUUUGAUGGCGACACCGACGGAUAGCUUGUUCUGCAUUGUGUCUGCGGCUCAGUGGCCUCGUUAGGGUUAGAAACAUUCCACCUGGGAUUCCUCCCAUUGCUGCAUGUGGUGUGUGUGAUGACAGCGUUCCUCCUUUUUCUUUUUUCUCCUUCUUUGAUGCUAAGUGCUCGUAGCUGCAGUUCUUCCGCAUCUCCCAGAAAUCACCUGUGCAUCAAACACUGGGGGGGGGGGGGGGGGGGCGGUACUCUGUCGCCUUUCCUCUUGAUAUAUAUACAUACUAUAUCUUUUCUUGUCUUUGUUGAGCUUCUGUCACUUCCUCUUGUAGUUACCCCAAGCAAGCUGCUGCUGCUGCUGGUAGACACGUGACACAAGCUUGUGUGUGCUGGUGGACUUCUCCCCAGACGAGGAGCAGCAGGAGGGAAAGCUUUCCAAGGACUGUUGUGUUAUAGCAAUCGGUGCUAGAGAUGUAGCUAAACGUGCAUUUAUUUAUUGGUGUGAAGACGGAUUGUUUAACAUCUCAGGUGAAACAUCUCUCCGGUUUGUGGUUGCUGUAGUGAGCGUUGCUUCGUGUUGAAUUGGGCAGUGACACGAAGCAGGAGAGGAGGUAGACGCUGGGUAAAGAACAGCGGACCUGUGUUAACGUCACGCUGAACUGUGUGUGUGUGUGUGUUUUCCACCUACUUGACUUUUAUGGUUACAGCGAAGCGCUCCGUUUAACUUUCCAUUUGGAUGUUCCAGACCUCUUGGAAAAUCACCACCUCAGUCACCCCCUCAUGCCUCUCCUCCCAUCACAGUUUAGUUUGUAUCUGUUAGAGUGAGGCAGUAGCAUGUUAAACACCAGAGGCUGCUCUCAGGCCUCGCACUGUAAUCUAUUCACAUCCCAGAUGUAUCGGACACGCAUUGUGAGCCGUAAUCGGACGUUGCGUAAGACAUUGUUGGGGUCAGAUCGAGUAUGGCUUUCAAAGGGAGGCAGGAAGUGGUUAUGAGUCGACCUUGUUGCUGUCAUGAUAUCAACUUUCACUCUGAUGGAAAAGCAUCUGACGCACCACAAGUGUGGUCAUUUCAAAAAAAAACAAACACGGACACACCAACGUGAUCUCAGCUCGAUGCAGACGGUCCGUGCUGUGAUGCUGUGAUGCUGUAAUACGUGGUUAAUGUGGUUAACGUGGUUAAACAGCCACAGUUGGCUUCAGGCAACAAAACUACUCGGUUAGGGUUGGAAAAAAACUUGAGUGCUAGGGAUGCAACGCCAUGUGACUCGGUGACGUAGCGUCACAUGAUGUCAUUGGUCAA